AUGUUCAUAUCUAUCUAUCUAUCUAUCUAUCUAUCUGAGUUUGAUUCAUAUCUAUCUGAUUUGUUCAUAUCUCUUUUAUCUAUUUAUCUAUCUAUUUAUCUAUUCAUCUAUCUAUCUAUCCCAUUUGUUCAUCUAUAUUUUUGUCUAUCUAUUCAUCUAUCUAUCUAUCUAUCUAUCUAUCUAUUUUUAUUCCUAUCUAUCUAUCUAUCUAUCUAUCUAUCUUUUAUUCCCAUCAUUCACUCUGUUUAUCUAUCAAUCUGUUUAUCUGAUUUGUUCAUAUCUAUCUCUCUCCAACUCUAUCUAUCUAUCUAUCUAUCUAUCUAUCUAUCUAUCUAUCUAUCUGUCUGUCUAUAUAUCUGUCUUAAUUUGUUAUCUAUCUAUCUGUUUAUAUUGAUAUAUAAUCCUUCUGGUGAAUCGAAGACGCCCUCUCCGUCUCCUGUUGAGAGAAAAAACCCCAUCUAA